AUGUGGGACCAGCGACGGUCUCCAGNNUACAUCGGACCUACUCGUACUAUCCACAUCCACAACGCGAUCAUGCCUGCUAUGCUGGAUGACCCGACGGCGCCUGCCAUCUACCGUGCAUCUGGUGAUGCGCCCUAUCCCACGCCAUAUGCCCCGCUGCCCGCCAACAUUGUCCCUCGUCAAGUCACUCUGCGUGAUCGCUCAACCACCGCUACCCUUGUGCCUUUCUCCUCUCCGCACCAAGUGCCCCAGACACUGCUUCACUACCUAUGCGCCCUCCUCAAUCGCGAAAUCGAGGGCGGUGAUACCUAUCCUAUGAUCAAUGAGCUUCCACUCGAGUCGUUCGGCCCCUACUGGUUCGCCAACUUUGGUGCCGUCAUGCUGCUAGGCGAUGUGAGCAAUGUCGACCAUGUCUGGCAGAUGGAGAAAGAGGGUGUCGAUUGGUCCAAGCAAUGUUUAGGCAGCUUCUACAUCAAACCCAACUACCCGGGUCGCUCCAGCCAUGUCUGCAAUGGUGGCUUCUUGGUCAGUGAUGUUGCAAGAAACAGAGGUGUAGGUCGCUUGAUGGGUGAGGGAUACCUGGAAUGGGCUCCUCAACUGGGCUAUUCGUACUCUGUCUUCAACCUCGUCUACGAAACAAACAUUGCCUCGGUCAGGAUUUGGGAUGCUCUGGGCUUCAAGCGUAUCGGUCGUGUUCCUGGUUGUGGUAACCUCAAGUCCGCUGAUCACCUUGUUGAUGCCAUCAUCUUUGGCCGCGAUCUCAAUGGCGAGGCUGAGGACUAUCUGUCCGAAGAACGCUUUGACAAGAUCCGCUUCUACCUCAAGACAGGCAACUAUCCCAAUGGUGCCGACCGCGCCGAAAAGAGCAGACUCCGCAGUGCAGGCGCUCACUACCGCCUUGUUCCUGACCCCGACGGCGGCGAAGAGAAACUCAUGCUCAAAGAUAAGGNNGAAGUCAUCAGCGAUCCUCAAAAGCAGUACGAGAUCGCCAUGAAGACACACGCUCUGACACACGCAGGCAUCAACAAGACCACCGCAUCGAUUGCUGAACGCUUCCACUGGAUCCGUAUCAAGGAGACCGUGUCGCAAGCCAUCCGCAACUGCGCAGUCUGCAAGGAAACCGCCGCCAAACAAACCGCCAAACCGGGCAAAGCAGCUUCACCUAACAACAACAAAGUCUCGGAGAACUCGCAAGCGAGUCCUGGUGCUGGAAUGGAGCAUCAACCACCUCUUCUCUCACCUGCUACCGUUGAGAAUGCAAAUUUGCAGAAUGCUAUGCAGCAGCAUCAUGCUGACACCUCACAAGACCAUAUGGAUCUCUCACACUUUGACUACUCGAACAUCCCUGUGGAUCCGGCCAUCAUGACAGACAUGUACUCCACUGCUCAUACUCCAGGACCAGCCAACAACGCGUUCGUUGCUGAGCCCUCACAGCAAGAGGUACAGCAACAUGGUGGCAUGUACGGAGCACAGAUCUAUGAAGAAGAUGCAGAUGCACAGUUACAGGCCGAACUGGCUAGUGAGAUGAUCACAAGGGCUGCAGGUGGCGAGGAGUAG